GGCACAUGGCGGUUCUUUUGACUCCACGGUUCCGUAGCCUUGACAGCCAGAAGGAACUUCCCGGCCCAGGACGCAAUGGGGCAGGUUCCAUGAACCCUAGUGGUGGCUUCUGUCGGAAAAGAAGGACAGGAUGCUCUGUUCGUUUUCAAGCUACUCAGUUAUGGGAUGGUAUUGUUCACUCCCUUCAUACCCAUGUGGAAAUAAAAAGAAGGAGACAUCGUUUACGAACAUACAAAGACUGCUUUACGGGUUCUGAUGCUGUUGAUGUGGUAUUAAGUCAUCUUAUGCAAAGCACGUGCUUAAGUAGCAAGGAUAUCUCCCGUCUCAAAGGAGUUCGUCUUUGCCAAGUUCUAAUGAAUCAUAAAGUAUUCGAACCAGUAGGAGCAAAGCUGUUCAAAACUGAAAAGGAAUUAGAGUUUGAAGAUUCCAACAGUAGUCUCUACAGGUUUCUAGACAAUGAAUCGUCUUAUGUUUUUUGCAAAAGAAAAAAGGAUACUGAGAAUGGUUUCAUAAAUGAAACAAAACCAGAGGAAUCUUUAAGACCAGAAGAUGAAAUGAUUUCAAAUCCUCUAGCACAAGAGACUAGUGAGAAAAGAAUUGAGGAAUUUAUUCAUAUGCCCAGUGGGAAUCCAGCUUUACCUCCAAAUACUACAGUUAACAAACCUAAUCUCCAGCUUUCAAAAGAAGCUACAGAAGCUGUUUGGAAACAACAAACAUUGUUACGUAUCUUUCAAUUGAUUGACCUUCCAUUCUUGGAAAAUAUUUUGGAGCCUCAAGUUAAAACACAAAAUCUUCAAUUAAGUAAAGAGGAAGAUCUCGUUAUCUCUAAUACUUGCCUAGACAGAGAGGUUAUUCCAAGCUUAUGUCUACCUGAGAUUGACGACUGGCUUAAUGCAGCCAUCGAGUGCUUAGAGUAUUUCCCUGACCAACUAAUAGUUACAGUGAGUCAGGAGUUAGUGCAAAACAGAAAUGAAGAGACAAGAUCCGACAUUCAGAAGAAGAUACUCUUUAAUGUCAUAGUAAAAUACUAUCAUCAAGAGAGAAAUUGCCUGUUAACUGAUGAGUAUUCUGAUAUUCACGCCGCAGUUAUUGAACUUUUAGAAAAUGAGAAAACAACAGAAGCGCUUGAAGCCAUACAGCUAUACCUAAGACUGCUGUUGCCCAAUGUCAGAGAAGAAUUACGACGGCUACUUACUUUUAUGGCUGUUGCAUCACAGCCUGAUGCCUACAAGUUGCAAAAACAGUAUGAUAACAAAACAGUGGUCCUGAAAACUCUUGCCAAAGCAGUUUUGCAAACAAAAUUGUUAUUAAAAGUACAAGCAGAACAACUGGCCUGGUUUCUACUGGAGCAUCACACUGAACUCUUCAAGACACCAGUUACUUUAUUGGACCUGGUUGGUAAGAAACUUAAGAAGCUUCUCCAUGGAGAAGAUCCAGAUGCCAUAUCAGACUUCACAUUUUGUCAACCCUUGACACACAAGGAGUUUGAGAAACAAAAGGGAAGGACAAUUCAGUAUCUUCACCAGCUGGCACUAGAGAUUAAUAGUAACCCCAGCCUCUCUUUGAAACAAAAGAAGAAAUUAAUUAAGGAAUUUCAAAAGCACCAUCCAGAAGCUUUGGAUUGACAUUUCUGACACGAGAAACCACAAUCAAUUCGUAAAUAUAAACAUUUCUCUUCUGCUUUUCUUAAACUGCCGUAUUUCAGAGAAGAGAUAGGCUCAAAGCAUUUUAAGUAUUUUGUUUGUUGUUGUGUUGAUUUUAUUUUAAUCAUGUUUAAAAUGUUAAGGAAGUUUUUAACCUAAGAAUACGAGUUAAUUUUCAUGUAUGCUGAUUCACUUAAUCAUUAUGCUGCUAAAAUCACUUCCUAAUUGUGCUGCUAUUAUUAGGGACCUACUAUAGUUCAUUUCCUUAGAAUUGUUCCCCCACAGUAAAGGGACUUAUCAUACAUGAGCUCUCUAAGGAAAGUAUGCACUUCUCUUAGUAUAUUAUUUUUAACCUUCUCCCUGACGCCGCUAUAACCCAAAUGGCAGUGAAUCAUUGAAACAGGGAAAGAUGCAUAAAGUGGAAGAUUUUUUUUUAAGACUUGUCAAGUAAAGGGGAAGAUUUUAAAAGCCAAAAAUUUAAAACUCAUAGAUACCUAAAACCAUGAUUUUGCCUUCUCAGACUCUCCUUGAGUCCACUACGUAUUU